AUGUUUCCAUCAUCAAGAAUUUGCAGACACCAAGAGCUACAUUUACCAGAUGAGUGUUGGGAAUUAGUUUUCAAACACCUUAGCGACCCUCUCGAUCACGAAUCACUCUCCCUCGUCUCGCGCCACUUCCUUUCCCUCACCAACGGCACCCACACCGACCUCGCCGUAUCCGACCGUGUCCUCCCACUCAUUCCCGUCCUCCUCCGCCGUUUUCCCAACCUCACGACCAUCAAAAUCACGCGCUACUUCACCGGUGACAUCAACGCGCUCCUCUCCCAAAUCGCUUCCUUCAACCUCCCCUCACUCCAUUCUCUCGACCUGUCUCACCAACCCACCUUCCCCUCACAUGGGUUGCGACAAUUCUCCGAAAAGUUUUCAGCUUUGAAGUCACUCAACUGUUCCCACGCCCGUCAUGAUUUGGAUUUAGUUGCCGAGUGCUUCCCAAACCUGGAAGAAAUCGAUGUGAGUUUCCGUAAAUAUAAAAUUGAUAUUGUUUCGGAUUGGGAAAAGGCAUUGACUUCAGGGCUUAAGAAGCUUAGAAAGGUGACUAUUUCGGGUAACUUCACCCAUGGAGACUCUUACCUUCUUGCCUUGUGUCACACUUGUGUGUUUCUAGAAGAGUUAGUUGUUAUUCAAACCGGCCCUGUUUCUAUGAUAGGCAUUGCCAAUGCGAUUCGCAAGAGACCCGAAUUGAGGUCUUUAUCAGUUAAUUGUUUGACUUAUGGGUUUUUUAGUGAGGACCUUAGAAAGGGGAAUGUGACUUUGGAGUUCAUUGAUGCAUUGGUGAGUUUGAAGGGAUUGAAUUGUCUUGAUUUGUAUUAUUCAAGUAUAUCUGAUGAGGCCUUGUCUACUAUUGCGGAAGAAAGCCUUCCGUUGAGGAAACUCUCUCUAAGAUGUUGUAAGGGAUAUGGAUACGGUGGGAUCUCUUACUUGUUGAGAAAGUGUAACAAUUUACAGUAUUUGGAUCUUCAAAUGACGCAGUUUCUGAAUGAUCAGUGUGUGGUUGAGUUGUCUUUGCUUCUUGGUAACUUGAAGUUUGUGAAACUUAGUGAUAAUGCAAAGCUUACUGAUUUAAGCUUGUUUGCCAUUAUGCGCAACUGUCCUUUGAUAACCGAUAUCAGGAUGGAGAGUACAGGCAUUGGAAAGCAGAAGCUGCAGGAAGAUUGUUUGGUUGUGAAUUCUCAUGUAAAGUUUCUCUAUUUGGCUAGCAAUACCUGGUUGGAUGAUGAAACUGUCACUAUGCUUGCUGCGGUUUGCCCCAACUUGGAGAUGAUAGAUUUGAGCAAAUGCGGAAGGGUUUCAAAAGGUGCUAUUGAUGUUUUGUGGAGCUGUCGUAAGAUUCGGCGCAUGGACUUAGCUCUAUUAGGACAUGAGCUGUUUCAAUUUCGGUUUCGAGUUUGCUUCGAUGUUCCUACAUUGUUUGUGUUGAAUUUGUCCCAAUUGAGUAUUAGCAACGAGGAACUCUACCUUAUUUCAAAGAGUUGUUGCAAGUUAAAAGAACUUGAUUUAGAAAGUUGUCACAAAAUCACAACCAGGGGAGUAAAGCAGAUGGUGAAAAAUUGCAAGCAACUAAGAACGAUAAGUUUAGCAGCUUGUGAAAAAGUAUCUGCUAAUGUCGUUGCUUGGAUGGUAUCUGCAAGGCCAUCGUUGAGAAAAAUAAGACCUCCGCCUCGAUUCUCUGCUACCGAGAGCCAGAGGGAUCUCUUCCGGCGUCAUGGAUGCUUUGUUGGCAAGUGGUCUAAUUAA